AUGAACAGCAGUUUUUCUGAUAGUAUCAGUGUUAGGACCACACAAACCGGCGUUUCGAGGUACAGUCGACCGGAAACCGGACGCCUCAAGCGGAAUGCCUUCUAUUUGUGGCUUUUCGGCCAUAUGCAUGCGAAAGUUGGUUUUUUUUAUUCAUUUUUUCGGUUUUUCAUUUUUUUUUUUAGUCGGUUGUGUAACAUAUUGAACAUUAAGCUGUUUUUUUUUUUCAAUUUCUUGCUUUGAUGUUUAACGGAACAUAUACUACCUUUAUAAAGGUCUCUCGUGUCUUUUCAGUGUCGUUUUCAAUUAUCUGAGGCAAUCACGCGUUUGUAAACUAUAGCAAGGACGCUCAAGUGCUUCAGAACAGAAAAUAAAUUAUUUCCCUCUCUUCAAAAGUUUUAUUUCGAGGCAAUUCUCGGAGGCUUUUUCGAAAAAUGUCAUAAUAAACUAUAUUGGAAUCUGUAUUAAACAAAUCUGGAAAAAAUGUUUUUCCAGAGACUUUUAAUAUAUUCCCACUUGAUCGUGACGACAAUCGCCGUUUGGGGUCUGAUCCGGGCCAGUACGUUUCGCGACGACUUCGAGCCGGUCUCGAUUCCGGGCCUCGACGGCCGGCCCCUUUUUUGGACCAACAGCCGAUACGUCCAGGACUUCACACCGGAUUCUGUGUAAUUUUAAAAAAUUUCCAAAAAUGGCUAUAGAAAAAAACUUUUUUUAAAAAGUUUGUGUGACUAAUCCACUGGAGAUAAAUUCCUCGCGAGAAAAAAGAGAAGUCGCUGACGGUUAAUUUACGAUCUCGCUUUUCUCACGCACGCAAAAAUAAAUUCCUUAGUCCGAUGAAAAUGCGAAACCGGUGCAGCUAAAAAGCAGCAAUUUCGCAAUGUCGCCAAUGUACUACCAGCGACAACGCUGAUUCACUGCCGUUCAGACUCAUUUCAGUACAAUUUUGAAUUAUCUCCCCCUUUUUUUUUAAAUCAAUCUGUCAUUUUUCCAGGAUCGUCACGUUACCUGGCCCAACUGUAGUCCCAUUCAAAGAUUUCGCUCAUAAUUUGCUCAAUUUUUUCAGUUAUUUCUAUCUUCUAAGGUUCGUUUUUUUUAUAUUUUUUUUCGCUAUUUUUAGUUUUGACUUGAUUUUCUGUGCAUUGAAAUUGAAUUCGAAAAGGUCUGCAACGUUUAAUGUUUCAUUGGCAAAAAAAUUUCAAGUAGAAGUUCAUUUUGUCUUCCUCUUCGUUUUCAAUUAUCAAUCUAUAUAAUUUCAAAUUUUUAAUCAACAACGGUGUUUUUUUCAAUUUUGAACAUCUCUACUUUUGCGAAAAAAAGUCCAUUCUUUAUUUUUAUUAGUUUACAUCUAGCCUAAUGAGAGAGCUCAAUUAAUACUUUUCCGUUAUUUCCAGUGUCGGUUUGUCCUUUUACGGACUUCACAUCGUCGAGAAAGUCUGGUUUGGCAGACGGCCAUUCUGGGCGAAUUACCUCAAUCCGGCCGUUUUGUUGAUACCAUUCCUCGUCAGCAUGGUUAGUUCUGGAUGCACCCAAAAAGUGAUUGGUCAAUUGAUUGAUUCUAGAUCUCCUUUUCCGUUCCGUUGCUCAUUUGGUCGAUUCGGACUUUGCAAGCGAUGGCUCUACGAUUUGUGCACUUGAAUGGACAGCCGAAAACGGGAGAUAUCAUGGGUUAGAAAGAAAAAAAAAAAUCAUUUUUCAAAAGAAAAAGUCAAAAUUUUGAAUAUAGAAAGGUUUCGAUUGGAAUUAUACUGAAAACGGAAGAGUUUAAUGCGUUAGAACGAAGAAAAAAAAACAGAAAAACUCAUUAGAAGAGAAAAUCGCGAUUUUUAAUACAUAUAAAGAGGGAUUAGAAUUAUACCGAAAUUUCUCUCGAUUUGGGCUGAUUUCUCCAAUUUUCUUGCCAUUUUAAGCUUUUUCUCAGCUCAUUCUAGUCUUCUUGGCAUUUUAUGGGUUGUAAACAAAACACACUUUGGAGGAAAAAAGCCAAAAUUUUGUAUUAUGAAAAAAGACCCAUUUUUCAACCCUUCUGGCAUAAUUCAACCAAAAGAUUAGAAAAAAAGAAGGCUAAAAGGCAUCAAUAAAACGGUUAUAUCUUUUCUUGGAGAAUUUUCUAUCUUUUUUUUUAAAUUAACUUCUUCAAGAUGAGUUUUACUGCUUCAUAGGUAUAAGCUCAAAAAAGAAAAUUAGUUCUAAAUGUUAUCUAUGAGCACUCGAAAAUAUACUUUUUCAGACGCUGCUCGUUUCUGUAUCCUGCCCAUUUUGAUCUCCUGGGUCUUCUACUUGUACUUUUUAUACGGUGUCACUUUGUCUUUUGUCUACGUCUGGAAACGUUCUCCUGUCUGGAAACGACGGAAAGUUGAUUCCCGCUGGAAAAAGAGCUCUUUCGGAGGUUUUUCUGCUUUCUUCUUUUGAAGGGAAGCAUCGGAAAUUAGCGAGUUUUCCGAUAUCUUUGUUAUCAUGUGGCUACGUAGCGACUUUUUUAGCAAUUUUGAAAGCAGAUUAGGAAAAAUAAAAUUUUAUUUUUCUAACGUCUACGGGAACAUGCAUUAGACAUUAAUAGAAAAAAAGAAUAAAAAGGAAAAAAAAGCAUGUAAAACAGAGAAAUAAAGUCGGAAAAAUGUUUUUUUAUUUACUUAUUUACCCUUCAUGUUAAAAAAACCAACGAUUUUAUUCGAAUAGGGGCAUCGGAAAAGGAUGAAUUAUCGAGAGAAAAACAUCAGAAACUAUUCAUUUAUUCAUUUUUUUCGUAUUUUUUUAAGAGUAACCUUUUUAUUUAUAGAAAAAAACUCAAAAAUUAUGUUAAAGUAUAAAUAAUAAAUUAAAAAAAUUAAAAAAAUCUUCAAAUCAUUGUUUUAAAAAAAGCCGGGAAGCACCCUAGCAGUAUUUCAAAAAAAUUGGAAAGUUCGCUGAUUUUAAUUUUUUUAUCUUUUUUUUAUUCUCAAAAAAAUUUUUUUACAAAUUAAAGGCACGAUAUUGUGGCGCCGUCGCAAUGGAUCAGGUAGAAUUCAAAAAUAAAAAAAUAUAAAAAAAGAAAAAUUUUCCAGGGAACUUUGGCAGAGGUCUGCUCACUAGAAUAUCGCGGAAUGGUCGAAGCAAGGAGGCUGAAAAUCACGAAGAAGGUCUUAAAAUCCGCAAAAAACUGGUGAAUUUGUUCGAAAAUUUCCAGGAAAUGUUGACGGCUCUCCGCUGGUUGUUUCGACGGUCAAUGAAGUUGAUAAGUUAGUUUUUUCGGAAUUUCUCGAAGAUUUUGAUGAAAAUUUUGGUUUUUCUUUUUCAAAAAAUUUAUUUUUGCCUUUUCUUCAAAUAUUCGAUAAUUUUCGAGAUUGUUGCGAAAAAUGGUUUUCGUUUCGAAACAAUCGAAGAAACUACUAUAGUGGCCACUAAGGGGAAAAUUAGUUACUUUUAGUCUUUUCUCUAGGGGCCAUCUUACGUGUCUUCUUCAAGUAAUCUUUGAGGAACCUCUCAAGUGACCUUCAAUGCUUAUUCCAUUAAGAUUUCAAGGUUUUUUGUCCGAUAAGUUCAAUUUUUCACCUGCUUUUCGCUUUGAUACAGACUCAAGAGCUGUAGAGAACAGUUCUGAAAAACUCCAAUCAAUAUAUAUUGGCCACCCUGUAGUUACAAAUUAUCUCUGUGGAAGUCGGAAGAGUGGGAGUUUUUUAGAAACCCACCAGAAGCUCAAGAAAGGCUUCUCCAAGCACCCCCGCCCGACCUGAGCCAGUCCUUCAAGACGACUUCUUGGUGCGUCCGGCACCUGGACACCGUCGAGGAGGAGAUCGAAGGCGUGAGCACGACCAGCUCGAGGGACCGGGCCAUGUACUCGUCGAACAGCGAGAGCUCCCUCAAUCCCCACCAUCGGCGGUACGGCUCCGCGUCGACGGAGGAGUACGGCUUCGGGAUGGGCAGCAGCGUUUAG